CUUCCUGCUCUGCGGGGAGUUCCCCCGGAUCCCGAGAGAGGCACGGAAAAUUGAUCGGUUAGAUUAACCGGCGAGGAAAGGGCAGGAGAGCAGGCGGGGAAGCUGCGGAGCGGAGUGUUUUGCGUAGCAGUCCCCUCCCUUCUGACUGGAGUAUUAAUUGCUACAUUACCACUGCCAUGCAAGAAAGACAGUCAGCAAAGCCUGGGAGCGCGCCAGCUCCUCCCUCCCCGCUCUGCUCCGUUUCACUCUCCUCCUCGGUGCCCUCGGCGCGCCCCGUGCCGGGCAGCGCUGCCUGAACCCUGGCACCCCGAGGCCCUCCUGUGGGUCGGACCUGAGUGGAGGAGGAAAGGACGGAGGAAGGGAGCCGACGUCGUGCCGGGCAGGCUCUCUGGAUGCAGAAGCCGGACUCACUGCAGAGGCAGCUGCACUGUUCCGGGAGAUUCUGGGGUGCGUCCCUGUCUCGGGGUUCGCCCAGGCAGGCUGCGGGCUCCGGGGGCACGCGCCGCGGAAGCCUUCCCUUCUGGGCACGGACAGCAGAGCCCGCCUCCCCUCUGCCACCACCAUGAGCGGCUGCUCCAAAAGAUGCAAGCUCGGGUUCGUGAAAUUUGCCCAGACCAUCUUUAAGCUCAUCACCGGGACCCUCAGCAAAGAUAAGAUCGAGGACGAGCUGGAAAUGACCAUGGUCUGCCAUCGGCCCGAGGGACUGGAGCAGCUAGAGGCCCAGACGAACUUCACCAAGCGGGAGCUGCAGGUCCUCUAUCGAGGCUUCAAAAACGAGUGCCCCAGCGGCGUGGUCAACGAGGAGACGUUCAAGCAGAUCUAUGCGCAGUUUUUCCCUCACGGAGACGCCAGCACGUACGCGCAUUACCUCUUCCACGCCUUCGACACCACCCAGACGGGCUCCGUGAAGUUCGAGGACUUUGUAACCGCUCUGUCCAUUUUACUGAGGGGAACUGUCCACGAGAAACUAAGGUGGACGUUUAAUUUGUACGACAUCAACAAAGACGGAUACAUCAACAAAGAGGAGAUGAUGGACAUCGUCAAAGCCAUCUACGACAUGAUGGGCAAGUACACCUACCCCGUGCUCAAAGAAGACACUCCGAGGCAGCACGUGGACGUCUUCUUCCAGAAAAUGGACAAAAAUAAAGAUGGGAUCGUGACUUUGGACGAAUUCCUUGAAUCCUGCCAGGAGGACGACAACAUCAUGAGGUCCCUCCAGCUGUUCCAAAACGUCAUGUAACUGCGGACACAGCCAUCCGGCUCUCGGAGACCUUGGACGAAGCCCACACCUGAACACCUUGCCCCGCCCCCUGCCGAUCUCACACACUGACUCCGGGGCAGGGACGCGCCCGCUCCGCUUUGGAGGAAGCCUCGGCGGAGGACUUCCCGCGGAGCCCAGGACCACGUGGCUUGGCCUCUGAUUGCCAGCUCUUCCUCCUCCCUCUCCGGAGAGAGAGACCAGACGACAUUGGAAGCAUGCUCCUCGCCUCACACCACUGCCCCGCGGGCGGUCCCUCUGCUUCAGCUUAGACAGUAGCGCUCACCUGUCCGCCCGCGUGCCCCAGCCCACCGCUGCCCAGCGCGGCCGCCCUUGGCGCACCUGGAAGCAGGACGACCUGAGCCAAGCGCACCCCAUCCUCUGCCGGCCUCCCAAACCAGCGUGCCUGUGGCCCUUCCUCCCUUUGGUGGGAAGAGUGAGUGUCCCACUGAACAACCUGAAUCUACCGCGGCCGGAUGGGGAGGGAGCGCCAGCGCUUAACCCGUCUCUGUGGGCUAGGACAGAGUUACCACGUGUGCGGCGUGGCCUGACGACCCACACCACCCACGUCCUGUGUUUCCAGGGGCCAGGGCCGACCCUUCUCUCUCACACCAGCGUCUGUGCUGGUGGUACAAAUCCCCUAACUGCCCCGGAUGGGUGCCAGCGCCUUGUGGCCUGCGUCCCCACGCCAUCUCCCGCUAGCGCCCAGCGCCGCAUGUCCCUCCCAGAAAGCCCCGAAUGCCUGCAGAUUGCUGUAAUUUUAUACCAUCUUCUA